UAAAUGUAAUCUUAAAUAUUCACGCGACCAACGAGACUCCGCAGCAGACUGCUUUCAGCUUCCGGAGCCUCCUGUCAGCGAGGCUAGCUAGCGGUUGCUAGCAGACCGUGCUAAUGUCCGGCCACAGUGGAUGGCGGGAAGUUUUGGCUUGCUAUGGUGAGAAAGUUGAUCAUGGCGGCAGUGGAGGGAGAGCUGAGACUGAAUUCUCCAUUUUGACCAAGCAGAGGAUUUUCCAGAUGGCCGGUUUCCUCCAGUCGUCCCGGCCGGCCAAUCGGAGCCGCUUUCAGAGGGUCCCGCUGAUCCCCACAGCAGGUAACAGGUGGGCGGAGCAGCGAGCGGGGCGGGGGCGGAGUCACGGCGAGGUCAUCAUGACGUCGGUGGCGGCGGAGUUGGACCACAUGGAGAUCCAGCAGCAGUACAGCGACGGCGUCAAUAACCGCUGGGACGCCGACGACUGGGACAACGAGAACAGCUCGGCCCGCCUCUUUGAGCGCUCACGCAUCAAGGCGCUGGCAGAUGAGCGUGAAGCGGUGCAGAAGAAGACCUUCACUAAGUGGGUGAACUCCCACCUGUCCAGGGUGUCGUGUCGGAUCACGGACCUGUACAUGGACCUGAGGGACGGCCGGAUGCUCAUCAAGCUGCUGGAGGUUCUGUCUGGAGAGAGGCUGCCCAAACCCACCAAGGGCCGCAUGCGGAUCCACUGCCUGGAGAACGUGGACAAGGCCCUGCAGUUCCUGAAGGAGCAGCGGGUCCACCUGGAGAACAUGGGCUCCCACGACAUCGUGGACGGAAACCACCGCCUCACGCUGGGCCUCAUCUGGACCAUCAUCCUCCGCUUCCAGAUCCAGGACAUCAGUGUGGAGACGGAGGACAACAAGGAGAAGAAGUCGGCUAAAGACGCCCUGCUGCUCUGGUGCCAGAUGAAGACUGCAGGGUAUCCAAACGUCAACAUCCACAACUUCACCACCAGCUGGAGAGACGGGAUGGCCUUCAACGCCCUCAUCCACAAACACAGACCUGAUCUGAUCGACUUUGAUAAACUGAAGAAGUCAAACGCUCACUACAACCUGCAGAACGCCUUCAACCUGGCAGAGCAACACCUGGGGCUCACCAAGCUGCUGGACCCGGAAGACAUCAGCGUUGAACAUCCUGAUGAGAAAUCCAUCAUCACCUACGUCGUCACCUAUUACCACUACUUCUCCAAGAUGAAGGCGCUGAAGGUGGAGGGCAAGAGGAUCGGCAAGGUUCUGGACAACGCCAUCGAGACGGAGAAGAUGAUUGAGAAGUACGAGUCUCUGGCGUCGGACCUGCUGGAGUGGAUCGAGCAGACCAUCAUCAUCCUCAACAACAGGAAGUUCGCCAACUCGCUGGUGGGCGUCCAGCAGCAGCUGCAGGCCUUCAACACGUACCGCACCGUGGAGAAACCACCCAAGUUCACAGAGAAGGGGAACCUGGAGGUUCUGCUCUUCACCAUCCAGAGUAAGAUGAGAGCCAACAACCAGAAAGUUUUUACGCCGCGCGAAGGAAAGCUCAUCUCUGACAUCAACAAGGCCUGGGAGCGUCUGGAGAAGGCGGAGCAUGAGCGGGAGCUGGCCCUGAGGACGGAGCUGAUCCGCCAGGAGAAGCUGGAGCAGCUGGCCCGCCGCUUCGACCGCAAGGCCGCCAUGAGGGAGACGUGGCUGAGCGAGAACCAGAGGCUGGUCUCACAGGAUAACUUUGGAUUCGACCUGCAGGCCGUGGAGGCGGCCACUAAGAAGCAUGAGGCCAUAGAGACGGACAUCGCGGCGUACGAGGAGCGCGUUCAGGCGGUGGUUGCCGUGGCGAAGGAGCUGGAGGCGGAGAGUUACCAUGACAUCAAGCGCAUCACGGCCAGGAAGGACAACGUGAUCCGGCUGUGGGAAUACCUGCUGGAGCUGCUGAAGGCCCGGCGCCACAGGUUGGAGCUCAACCUGGGCCUGCAGAGGGUUUUCCAGGAAAUGCUCUACAUCAUGGACUGGAUGGACGAGAUGAAGAUGCUGCUGCUGUCCCAGGACUACGGGAAGCACCUGUUGGGUGUGGAGGAUCUGCUGCAGAAACACGCUCUGGUGGAGGCCGACAUCUCCAUCCAGGCCGACCGCGUCCGCAACGUCAACAGCAACGCCCAGAAGUUCGCCAGCGACACCGACGGUACGCUACAACCCUGCGACCCGCAGGUCAUCCGGGACCGCGUGGCUCACAUGGAGUUCUGCUACCAGGAGCUGAACCAGCUGGCGGCGGAGCGCGCCCGUCUGGAGGAAUCCCGCCGCCUCUGGAAGUUCUUCUGGGAGAUGGCCGAGGAGGAGGGCUGGAUCCGGGAGAAGGAGCAGAUCCUGUCCUUGGAGGAUCACGGGAAGGAUCUGACGGGAACGGUGCGGCUGCUGAGUCAGCACAAAGCCUUCGAGGACGAGAUGAGCGGCCGCGCCGCCCACCUGCAGCAGACCAUCAGGCAGGGCCAGCAGCUGGUGGACGAAAACCACUUCGGAGCCGAGAAGAUCAAGGAGCGCAUCCAGGACAUCCAGGAUCAGUGGGCGGCUCUGGAGCGUCUGUCUGCCGUACGGAAAACCCGCCUGCAGGAGGCCUGCAACCUGCACCAGUUCCAGGCUGACGCCGACGACAUCGACACCUGGAUGCUGGACGUCCUGCGCAUCGUCUCCAGCGUGGACGUCGGCCACGAUGAGUUCUCGGCCCAGGCUCUGGUGAAGAAGCACAAAGACGUGGCGGAGGAGAUCGGCAGCUACCGGCCCGUCAUCGAGGCGCUGCACGAGCAGGCGCAGACGCUGCCGCCGCAGGAGGCCGGCUCCCAGGAGGUCCGAGCCCGGCUGGCCGGCAUCGAGGAGCGGUACCAGGAAGUGGCGGAGCUGACCCGGCACAGGAAGCAGGCGCUGCAGGACGCGCUGGCGCUCUACAAGAUGCUGAGCGAGGCCAGCGCCUGCGAGCUGUGGGUCGACGAGAAGGAGCAGUGGCUCAACGGCAUGGACAUCCCCGACAAGCUGGAGGACCUGGAGGUGGUUCAGCACCGGUUCGAGAGUCUGGAGCCGGAGAUGAACAGCCAGGCGUCCCGAGUCGCCGUGGUGAACCAGGUGGCCCGGCAGCUGGUCCACAGCGGGCACCCCGGGGAGACCGAGAUCCGGGCCCAGCAGGACCAGCUCAACACCAGGUGGAGCCAGUUCAGAGACCUGGUGGACCAGAAGAAGGAGAACCUGAACUCGGCGCUGGGCGUCCAGAACUACCACCUGGAGUGCAACGAGACCAAGUCCUGGAUCAAGGAGAAGACCAAGGUGAUCGAGUCGACCCAGGAGCUGGGCAACGACCUGGCCGGGGUCAUGGCGCUGCAGAGGAAGCUGACCGGCAUGGAGCGCGACCUGGCCGCCAUCGAGGACAAGCUGACGGACCUGGACAAGGAGGCGGAGCGGCUGGCGAGCGAACACCCGGAGCAGGCCGGCGCCAUCAGGGGCCGGCUGGCCGAGAUCACCGCCGUCUGGGACGACAUGAAGGGGACGCUGAAGAACCGCGAGGAGUCUCUGGGCGAGGCCAGCAAGCUGCAGCAGUUCCUGCGGGAGCUGGACGACUUCCAGUCGUGGCUGUCCCGCACGCAGACGGCCAUCGCCUCGGAGGACAUGCCCAACGCGCUGGCCGAGGCCGAGAAGCUGCUGGCCCAGCACGAGAACAUCAAGAACGAGAUCCGCAACUACGAGGAGGACUACCAGAAGAUGAGGGACAUGGGGGACAUGGUGACGCAGGGCCAGACGGACGCCCAGUACAUGUUCCUGCGGCAGCGGCUGCAGGCGCUCGACACCGGCUGGAACGAGCUGCACAAGAUGUGGGAGAACCGGCAGAGCCUGCUGUCCCAGUCCCACGCAUACCAGCUGUUCCUGAGGGACACCAAGCAGGCCGAGGCCUUCCUCAACAACCAGGAAUACGUCCUGGCCCACACCGAGAUGCCGACCACCCUGGAGGGCGCCGAGGCCGCCAUCAAGAAGCAGGAGGACUUCAUGACCACCAUGGACGCCAACGAGGAAAAGAUCAGCGGCGUGGUCGACACCGGGCGCCGCCUGGUCGCUGAUGGCAACAUCAACGCCGAGCGCAUCCAGGAGAAGGUGGACUCCAUCGACCAGAGACACAAGAAGAACCGGCAGGCGGCUAAGGACCUGCUCAGCAGGCUGAAGGACAACAGGGACCUGCAGAAGUUCCUGCAGGACUGCCAAGAGCUGUCCCUGUGGAUCAACGAGAAGAUGCUGACGGCUCAGGACAUGACGUACGACGAGGCCAGGAACCUGCACAGCAAGUGGCUGAAGCACCAGGCCUUCAUGGCCGAGCUGCAGUCCAACAAGGAGUGGCUGGACAAGAUCGAAAAGGACGGCAAGGCGCUGAUGGCAGAGAAGCCAGAGACGGAGGCCAUGGUGAAGGAGAAGCUGGCGUCCCUGAAGGUCAUGUGGAACGACCUUGAGUCGACCACCCAGACCAAGGCCAAGUGUCUGUUUGACGCCAACAAGGCCGAGCUUUUCACCCAGAGCUGCGCCGACCUGGACAAGUGGCUGACCGGCCUGGACGGCCAGCUGCAGUCCGACGACUUCGGCAAAGACCUGACGUCCGUCAACAUCAUGCUGAAGAAGCAGCAGAUGCUGGAGAGCCAGGUGGAGGUGCGCCAGAAGGAGGUGGAGGAGCUGCAGAAGCAGUCGCAGGCGCUGAGCCAGGAGGGCAAAGGUUCUGACGAGGCGGACGGGAAGCGGAUCAGCGUGGAGAACAAGUUCCAGGCGCUGCUGGCGCCGCUCAAGAUGAGGCGCGACAACCUGAUGGCGUCGCGCGAGAUCCACCAGUUCAACAGAGACGUGGAGGACGAGAUACUGUGGGUGGAGGAGCGGCUGCCUCUGGCCACGUCCACCGACCACGGACACAACCUGCAGACGGUGCAGCUGCUCAUCAAGAAGAACCAGACGCUGCAGAAGGAGAUCCAGGGCCACCAGCCUCGUUAUGACGACAUCUUUGAGCGCAGCCAGCAGGUCCUGCGGGCCGGCAGCCCCACGGCCGAGCCGAUCCGCCAGAGGCUCAGCGAGCUGCAGGCGCUGUGGGAGCGGAUCCGGAAGGAGACGGAGAACCGGCAUUCCCGCCUCAGCGAGGCCCACGAGGCCCAGCAGUACUACUUUGACGCUGCGGAGGCCGAGGCCUGGAUGAGCGAGCAGGAGCUGUACAUGAUGUCUGAGGAGAAGGCCAAGGAUGAGCAGAGCUCGGUGGCCAUGCUGAAGAAGCAUCAGAUCCUGGAGCAGGCGGUGGAGGAUUACGCCGACGCCGUCCAUCAGCUGUCCAGCACCAGCCGGGGCCUGGUGGCCGCAGGUCACCCCGACAGCGAGCGCAUCGGCAUGCGGCAGUCGCAGGUGGACAAGCUGUACGCGGGGCUGAAGGACCUGGCGGAGGAGCGGCGCGGGAAGCUGGACGAGCGUUUCCGUCUGUUCCAGCUGAACCGGGAGGUGGACGACCUGGAGCAGUGGAUCGCCGAGCGGGAGGUGGUGGCCGGGUCGCACGAGCUGGGCCAGGACUACGAGCACGUCACGAUGCUGCAGGAGCGUUUCCGAGAGUUCGCCCGGGACACGGGGAACAUCGGUCAGGAGCGCGUCGACGGCGUCAACAAGCUGGCGGACGAGCUGAUCAACGCGGGCCACGGCGACGCGGCCACCAUCGCCGAGUGGAAGGACGGGCUGAACGAGGCGUGGGCCGACCUGCUGGAGCUCAUCGACACGCGCACGCAGAUCCUGGCCGCCUCCUACGAGCUGCACAAGUUCUACCACGACGCCAAGGAGAUCCUGCACCGCAUCCUGGACAAACACAAGAAGCUGCCGGAGGAGCUGGGCCGCGACCAGAACACCGUGGAGACGCUGCAGAGGAUGCACACCACCUUCGAGCACGACAUCCAGGCGCUGGGAACACAGGUCCGGCAGCUGCAGGAAGACGCCGUCCGUCUGCAGUCGGCGUACGCCGGAGACAAAGCCGACGACAUCCAGAAGAGAGAAGGAGAGGUGCUGGAGGCCUGGAAGAACCUCCUGGAGGCGGCGGAGGCCCGGCGCUCCAAGCUGCUGGACACGGCCGAUAAGUUCCGGUUCUUCAGCAUGGUGCGGGACCUGAUGCUGUGGAUGGACGACGUCAUCCGGCUCAUCGAGGCCCAGGAGAAACCCAGGGACGUGUCAUCGGUGGAGCUGCUGAUGAACAACCACCAGGGCAUCAAGGCGGAGAUCGACGCCCGAAACGACAGCUUCACGGCCUGCAUCGAGCUGGGCAAGGCGCUGCUGGCCCGGAAGCACUACGCUGCAGAGGAGAUUAAGGAGAAGUUGCUCCAGCUGACGGAUAAGAGGAAAGAGAUGAUCGAUAAGUGGGAGGAUCGCUGGGAGUGGCUGAGGCUGGUGCUGGAGGUGCACCAGUUCUCGCGGGACGCGGGCGUGGCGGAGGCGUGGCUCCUGGGCCAGGAGCCGUACCUGUCCAGCAGGGAGAUGGGCCAGAGCGUGGACGAGGUGGAGAAGCUCAUCAAACGCCACGAGGCCUUCGAGAAGUCCGCCGCCACCUGGGAGGAACGCUUCGCCGCGCUGGAGAGGCUGACCACGAUGGAGUUACUGGAAGUGAGAAGAAGGCAAGAGGAAGAGGAGAGGAAGAGGCAGCCGGCAGAGGCUGCUGAGGCUGCAGCCCAGAGCAGGGAGGGCGACCCGGUGUCCCAGAACGGGCUGCCGUCCGACCAGGAGUCGCCCCGGGAGAACGUGGACGAGGCGGUGAACGGGGAGCCCAGCCCCGCGGGGUCACCGGGCGCCGGUCGUAAGGCCAAGGCCAGCCAGGCGGCGACGCUGCCGGCGAAGAGCCAGCAGGACGGCGCCACCUGCCUGCUGGAGGCCUUCCUGCACCGCAAACACGAGUGGGAGGGCCACAACAAGAAGGCCUCCAACAGGUCCUGGCACAACGUGUUCUGUGUGAUCAACCAGCAGGAGAUGGGUUUCUAUAAGGACCAGAAGAGCGCGGCGCAGGGCGUCCCCUACCACAGCGAGAUCCCCGUCAGCCUGAAGGAGGCGCUGUGCGAGGUGGCGCUCGACUACAAGAAGAAGAAACACGUCUUCAAACUCAAGCUCACCGACGGGAACGAGUAUCUCUUCCAAGCCAAAGACGACGAGGAGAUGACCGCCUGGAUCUCGGCCAUCGCGGCGGCGGGCUCCAGGCCGGAGGUGACGCCCAGCAGCCACAGCACGCCGGCCCCCGCCGCCCGCGCCCAGACGCUGCCGGCCACCGUGGCGGCCUCCACCGCCGAGUCCAGCCCGGGCAAACGGGAGAAAGACAAGGAGAAACGCUUCAGUCUGUUCAGCAAGAAGAAGUAGACGCUCCUGUCCUCUCCUGUCCUCCCGUCCCCCGGCUGUUUGGGGUCGCUCCUCCUCCUCGUUGUCCGUCGUUCAUCCAGCCGCCAGUCGGUUUGCUCCGAGCAGCUGCGAAGCUCAGAAUGUAGAUCUGUCUCUCUAAUCCAUCCUGAUGAUGAUUCCUAACAUGUCCUGAUCCCAAACAGCCUUCCUCCUCCUCCUCCUCCUCAUCUUCCUCUCAAAGCGUGACUCCAGCAUGCAGCUCCGAGCCAAAACUCUCCACUCUGUGCCUCUCAACCGUCCGGUGGCUCAGAGUUCCCGCUCGGCGGGAACCUUCGCUAGGAGGGACAGAACCACCGCUGGCGUGUCCGGCUGCUGCUGUCCUACGGACGCGGUCACCGCCUGGAGGAAUCCCGCUCCGUUUUCCUUCCUGCUGUCUCUCGUCGUCCAGCUUCUCGUGUUUCCGCUCCCGGUUCUCCUGGACGCUGUCGCUCGCGCCGGUCUGGCUCCAUCCUCAGCCGUUUCUGCGACGCCUUGUCUUUGCAAGAUGCCGUGUUUCCCUGUGUGGAGGGGAACCUGGAGCAGGGCGGGGUCCGCUCCGGAUCCGCCUGCUGCUGCUCAGCCUGGGCUAACCGGGCUAACUGGGCUAAAACAGGCUAACUGGGCUAAACCGGGCUAACUGGGUUAACUGAGUCUAAACCAGGCUAACUUGGGUUAACCUGGGCUAACUGGGCUAAACCAGGCUAACUGGGCUAACUGCGGGCUGAGCAGCUGCUCGGGGCCGUCUAAUUCCUGCAGCAGCGUGAGCGCCACCUUGCCCUGCUUCAUCUGUAUGUAUAACUUGUGUAUAACAAACUGUUUAAAUAAACUUGUGUUUAAUUUCUUCACUUAUUAGUACUAAUAAUAUGACCAACCGUGAUAAGCUUCAGUGAUUCUGUAUGAAGGAGGAAACCGAAUGUUUAAUCAGUUUUCCAACAAUCAGUCGGGUUUUUUUCUACUUUGUUUCUGAAACAUUAACCUCUGACCUUUGUUUGGUUUUGUGUCUCAGAGUUAAUAAGGUUAUUAGUCUGGAGUUUGAAGAUGUUCUAUAAAGUAACUUUAAGCUGUUCAGUGGAUCUUUAUGUCUGGAAGUGAAUUUGGCUUCAGCUCUCCGUCGUUAAAGUGAAACCUGUGGCGCUUCUACGGAGCUCCAUUCAUGACAAAAGUCACUCCAACUCAUUUAAUGUGAACUUGAUCAGAUGUGGAAAAAGAUGCAAAUUAAAACGUUUUGUUUGGGAUGUGAUUUAAAGUCCACAUUAUACAAGAAAACCGUUAAUUUAAUAACAAUCCAGAUUAUUUUCUCAGAUUUUCAUGGUAACCACCAUAACACUAAUGAUUCUUAAAACAUGUUUCCAAAUGAAGAAUGUUCAUGUUUGUUAGAAAACUACAUUUUGGAUUUCUGGCUGAUGGUGGGAGAAUAUUUUUUCUAUGAAAAAGACUCUGAUCGGAAGAAUCUCACAAGGAAGCAGUUCUCCGACCUGCAGGGGGCUUCAGGCAGCGGCUGCUUCAGGCGGCGGCUGCUUCAGGCAACGGCUGCUUUUGGACGGCGGCUGCUUCGGGCGGCGGCGGCUGCUUUCGGGCGGCGGCGGCUGCUUCGGGCGGCGGCGGCUUCAGGCCUGAACAGCUGAUUGGCAGCUUUUCCUCUAAAAACUGAUCAUCAAGAAGAAUAAAUGUUAGAUUUGAAUGUUUGGGCCCAAAUGUUUGACUUUUGUUUCAGUGAUUUCGUCAUUAAUGGAGUUCCAUAGAGCCUGAAUAGAGUUGGUGUAAUGCAGCAGGAAUGAGGCCGAACAGGUCAAAGGUCAAUCAUUAUUGGGGGGGGGAAGCUGCUUCAUUUUUUAUUAUUUUGUGCUAAAAUCUGACAGUUUGAUAAAUAGUGUGCUUUCCUCUGUAACCAUAGUAGCCAGAUAUUUCUUCAUUCUGCACAAUGCCACGUCGGGGUUGGUGGGCGGGGUCAUAGGUCAUAGGUGGGUGUGAUGCGGGUCACUGCUAGUUGGAUCUGCACCGUAGAUUUCUCCCCGUCUGUUACAUCUGUGCAAAAAGCCAUUAAAAGCUUUUAAAACAAA